UUAUGUGUGUGUGUGCGUGUGUGACUGUGUGUGUAAGAGAGAGAGAGCGAGGGAGAGGGAGUGAGAGAGGCAUAAGGAUAUGCAAAGAGCAAAACCCGUGAGUUGAAGUUGCACUGCCAAUGCGCGCUGUGACGCACAGAAACCUACAUCUAGGACUGGAGUGCAUGGUGUAAAGGAGCUGGGUUUACUUCCUUUGGCUUGACAGAAAAAAGAAAAGAAAAGAAGCUUCAUCAACUGCUUGAUAGUCAGAGCCCAGCAAAGUCAUCAGCCAUCAAUCCGCACAGGAAUGGUGGAUCACUUGCCACUUGGUGAGGAGACCUUCCUGUAUUAUUCCAGCUCUCCAGGGUCCGACUACGGUUGUGCCUCUCGCCACCCCAAGGGUGGUGUUUCCCAGGGCAUCAUGGUGACAGAUGCGUGCACCUAUCAGCACCACCCUUACCAAGGGCUCACGCUCUCCUCCUCGCCUUGCCUCUCGGAAGAUGACCUCAGCGAUUCCUCCAGCCCGUGUUCCUCCCUCUGCUCCAGCCCUGAGUCCACAUCAUCAGCAUCACGGAACAUCCUUUGCUCUAGCUACGAGAGCAGGGGCAGCAGGAGCAGUGGGUGCUCCAACUCAUCAGGAGGAGAAAAUCAAGAUAGUCUCUUGGACCUCCUUCUCUCACAGGCCUCCCUUACCACCUCGUUGAGCUCCAGCAGUGGCAACAUAUCUGUCUCCACCUCCCUUUCCUUUUCUUCCCCAGCCUCCUCUCUGUCCUCAUCACCAGCAUCCCCAUUUUUGCCAAUGGGUCUAGCAUGGGAGCCUAAGAGGGAGCAUCGACUCGGUGCCCAGCAGCAGCUUGCCAAAGAGGAGUGUUUUGAGUUCCCAGUCUUUCUCGAUGGACUGCAGGACCCUGAGGCCCUCCUGUUUCAGCCGACACUAGAGGAGAUUGAGGAGUUUUUAGAAGAGAACAUGAUGGUGGCAAUAGAAAAGGAGGAGAACGGGAGCGAUGAGGAAAUGUCACCUUCCAUGUCUAUGCCAGAUGAUACUGAGCAAGAGGGCUCAAUGACACUAGCAGGAGACCUUGAAUCAGCAUCGCAGAACUCAGAUCAGACUGUGCCCGAGGCCUCCAAUUCAGAGGCCAAGCAUGCAGCCUGUGCAUCAGAUUCAGACGGCUCACCAGUGGCAGAUGACGAAUGCCGUGUAACUACUUCCAACGGCAAUUAUAUUGAUGGGAUCAAGCUGGAGGACUGUGGAUCACUGACAUCAGAAAGUACUACCGCUGCCUCAAGUGUGCCUGUCAUCCUCCAAAUCCAGCCCAUUCAGGUGAAACAAGAACCAAGUUCCAGUGGUGAAUCAGACACUGCUCAUCAUCAGGCACAGAAAACCCAUUCCCAGUCAACUGAAUCCCCAUCAUCAAUCAAAAUUGCCCAGCUCCUGGUCAACAUCCAGGGGCAGACGUUUGCUUUAGUGCCUCAGCUGCUUUCCCCCGCAACAGCUAACUCAGGCAAAACAGGGGGCGCUGCUCCAUCCAAAUUCGUCCGGAUUGCACCAGUGCCCAUUGCAGCCAAACCAAUUGGGCUUGGGGAAGGGGGAUUGGGUCUAGGAGGACCAGCAGCAGGCGUCCUUGCUGGAGGCCAACGGUACCAGAAGAGCACAGUGGCAGACCUCAUUAAAAUGCACAAAUGCUCAUUUCCUGGCUGUAAUAAGAUGUACACCAAGAGCAGCCACCUUAAAGCACAUCUGAGGAGACACACAGGGGAGAAACCCUUUGCAUGCACCUGGCCUGGCUGUGGAUGGAGGUUCUCCCGGUCCGACGAGCUAUCCAGGCACCGCCGCUCCCACUCCGGGGUGAAGCCAUACCAGUGCAUUGUCUGCGAGAAGAAGUUUGCCCGCAGCGAUCACCUGUCGAAACACCUCAAAGUCCACCGCUUUCCACGAAGCAGCAGGACAGGGCGCUCUGUAAACGGACCUCUCUGACCUCUGCUGUGAUGGAGUGACGCUCAGCGGAGGAGAAGGAUGGGAGGGGUGGAUGUCUGUGACGAAAGACUGAGUAGGACAGUCCAAACACCCUUAAAAGGACUCUGUAAAGGGCUGUGUGUGCGUGUGACGCGCAUUCUUGGUACUGUGAUAAUUUAUUGGGUGACAAGGAGAAGACUGUAAAAACUAAACAGGAAACUGUUACUUGACGCAGCAAUGUCACAGGUGGAAUAAGCUUUUCGUAUAUAGCAAUUUUAUUCUCAAAUCUUUUAGCUGAUCUAUUUUGAAGACAAAUUUCCUAUUUUUUCACUAUAAAGUGCAUCCUUUGAACAAAACAUUAAUAUCAAGCCAUGUUAUAUUACUUGGAGAUCUACUACUGUUUUAAUUUUUUUUCCUUUUUACCUUUUGGAAACCAACAACGUUUUGGGGAAAAAAAUGUCAAUGUCCAAUGCUAUGAAUUUGGAACCUAAAAAAAAAAAAAACAUCACAAAGCAGGCUACUGAGGCCUUGGUUGAACUCUUUCUCAAGGAUUGCAAAGUAACAGAUACAUCAACAUUCCUUAAGCUUUGAAAAGGUUUCUUCGACGCCCCUGAGUCUCGCAAGUGGGAGAAAAAAAAAAACAUUGUAGAGACUGCAAACAAGAACAAAGCUCGGUUUCAUGUUGAUUUACUGUUCUCCAUUGUAGAUCAUCACACUGUGUAAUUAGCACUGGCACACAUAAAACGUUCGGUGGUCAGUCCCAGCGGAGAGUCUUUGAGUAUGUUGUGCUGUUUUACUGACGUCUGAGUCAGUUUUCAUUUUGGUUCAUCUCAAAAGGCCACCCAUCAGAUCGAGACCCAUUUCUUCAUGGGCUACUGUGAAUCAAAGCUAAAGCUGAGGAUGGAUCCAAAUGAUCCUGUAUGCCGUCAUCACAACUUCUGCUUCAUGACUUUGUGAUGAUAUAACUAUGUAAUUACAUCUGCUUGAAGUCACUGUUGUUAAAUAACAAUCUGAAUAAGCUGAAACAAAGUUGUUGUAUUUUUUUUCCUUUUCCUGCCACAGAUUUUUUCCCUCCUAUCAGAAGAAAGGCUUUUGAAUGUGAACACAGAUAUUUUAUUUGUCAUAUCUAAUUAACUUUGUGGCUGUUGAUAGAUAAACAAAAUCACCCCAGGUUGUCAGCAGAAAUGUAACCUGUGGUGCAAAUGUCUAAGGUGGGCCUCAAGAGAAACGCUGCUAAAAUAGCAAGUUACCAAAGUGAGAUUCUGUGAAGUUAUGAUCUGUAUUAGUUUCCUUAUCUUUAGCAGGAGAAUGAAAUGAAAAGUAAAGAAAUGUUCGCAGUGGUGGAAGCUUAACAUUUAGUCAGACGGACAUUUAAGAUACCUACCGUAGGUACUGUAACAACAUCUCAAUGAAAAAAGGCCUGAGUUGUGGGGUGCAGCUCUAUAAUAACGGGUAAUACCCAUCAACACUUUGACAAGAGACUGAUCAGUUUGACUGUUUUCCCAAAAGAAUAACGCUUGUGUUGGCGUACUACACAAAGCUCCAUUAACAGAGCUUGCUAGCUGUAAUUAACCUGCCUUAUCAACUGUCCACCAGAAGAGGAGUAGACCAUUGCAUUUUGAGACUGGCUGUUACUUCUGUAAUGGCAUCAAAUAUGGUAUGCUCCUGGGCUUUUAUCCAGGGAUAGUUUUUGCUUUUACAUUUUUCUAGUGAACUCACAAUCAGCUGAUCAGGUUGGCUGAUACAACCAGGCAGCAUAAAGCAUAGGGAUUUUGCUUUGUUCAACUGAGACUCAACACUAAACUAACCAGUCUCUUGGAAAAUUAUAGAGGUGUGACGUCUACAAAAAAAUUACCAUUUAGAUAACGAGUUAUCUAAAAAUGCAGAAAUAAGCUAAAACAAGGGCCUUUAUCAGAUGCUAGCCUUCCACUGAUCUGGGCACAAUUUCACUUUUUUUACACACUCACUGCCGUUUGGCAUCUUUCUGUUAUAGAUAAGGAAACUAUACUUCCUGUUAGUAACUUUGCAGAGCCUUACUUCAAAAAACUUAGCAAUCCCUUUAGUAAAUAUAGCACAUUACAAAUAAUUUUAGGAAAAUUAUUUGUAAUGUGCUAAUCAGACUAAUUAAUUAGUUGAUAGCAGUUGCUUUGAGAUUUGAAAUGCAGAUUCCCAUUUUUAUUGACACAUAUUUUUGUAUCUAAAUAUGAUAAAAAUUGACCUGAAAAGACAAAAUAAAUAGGUGGCAGAAAGACUGGCUUUAAAUCGAACAAAAAAUUAAGACAUUACGAGACUAUCCGCAUUUUGUAUCAAACCAUACAUCAGUAACAUUGUGUAUAAUUUUAGCUAAACCCAGUACAAAAUGCAUUUAAAUUUUGUUUAAUUUUCUUUACUGACUAAAAACAGUUAGUUUUGACAUAUAUCAUGGCCAUGGAAUCUUAGAUCAUACAAUUGCACAUCAGUACUGAUUAGCGUAAACUUAUCUGGUAGAGAAUUGAAAUUAAAUAUACAAUGUCUUGUUCAUAAAUAGUAGAUAGAGUCACCUUAAUUUGUGGUGAGUUUAAACUAAUCUUAAAAGAACACCAGCAAAUGAACAAAUUUAACUGGAAUGUUGUUGUUUUUUGUUUAGUUUUUUUUUUCAAUUGGAUAAGUUGAGACUGGAAGCUAAUGUAUUGCAUAACCCGUCAAAUUUAUUUCACCAGAAUAGCUUUGGGUAAAAAAAAAAAAAAAUAGAAAGCCUCCUUGAAAUGCUGUCAUCAGUAUUGAACAUAUCAUCUUUGCCUUUGUCUUUUACUUUAAAGAAACAGUAUUGGGCUUUUUGCCAAAUCACAUCUACCAAUAUAUUGCUUUUUCCUUCUUUUUUUUUCUGUAUCUCAGCAUCUCAGCUGAAGUCAUGCCAAAUGUGCCACAGCAAGACAGGAGUCAAUUUCUGUGCCAUAAAUAUGAAAGGUGUCGACGUUCUUUAUUCAAACUGAAAAAGAUGAUUGUUGACGUGUCAAAUUAAGUGUUUUAUGUCUUUAUUUUCUCAGUGAUUGACAGAUCACUUUGAAUGUUCAGCACAUGACCCUUGAUGCUGUAUGUAGAAAGUGUACUUACUCUGUCAGGCAUUCCUUCCAUGCAAACAGAAAACUCACUUUUGUGAAUGUGUAUUAGAUGUGAUCCCACGAAUGUAUGUAAAUACUGUACAUGCAACAGAAAGGACAACUGCUUGUAAUGAUGUCUGUGAUUGUGAAA